GGCCAUCCCAGAGAAGAACUUGGUUGCUGGUCCCAGUGCUGAGCAAGUACUAGGGGAGUCGGCAGAAAGCAAUAAUCAUCCCAGGAAAAUCACCCAGGAAGAUACCUUGCUUGAAGAAGGCACAUAUUUUGAGAAAACAUUGCAUCAUGGGUCAUCUCAUUCCCUUCUCUAUAAAACCAGCCGUUCACCCCUUCGGUCAGUUGCAGCAUACCCAGCAAUGGAGUCACAUCUAGAAACCUUAAGUCAACUUCCCCGAGAAGUAAACUUGAUUUUCAAGUGCUCCAGAUAA